UUAAUAAACUGUGGACUAAAAUAUUCAAUGGUCAAAUUCUAAGACUCAGCACUGCUCUGCUACACUCUUGGGGUAUCUUGCUUGGGGAUCCACCGGUGAACAGUACCUUACCUUCGAACUCUACUUUUCAGAUUAUAAUUGGAUUUUGGUGGAUAUUCUCUAUCCUAAUCUCAAUGGCCUAUCGCUCAGCUCUGAUAGCCCACCUCUCGGUCCCCAAGAAGUCUCCAACCAUAGACACUUUGGAACAGUUACUUCAAGCGGAUCGAUACACUUGGGGGAUGGAGGAGACCUAUGGCAUUGAAUGGGAAUGGUUUAAGGAAAGCACAAUCCCAACAGUUCAUAAGGUCUAUGAAAAAAUCUUGGCUUUGACCCCUGAAGAGCAUUUGACAAGAGUUCUGAAAGGUCACCAUGCCUUCUUGACUUGGAAGUACUACAUCAAGGCUAUCAUUCUAUCUAAGUACACUGAUUCACGAGGCUACACCCCACUCCACAUGGGCCGAACAGAGUAUAUCAAUUACGGCGGAUAUGGAUGGGGCUUCAGAAAAGGCGCUCCUUUCCGUCGAAGGAUAGAUGAGGUGAAACUGCGGGUGAUCGAAAGCGGACUCAUAAAGUUCUGGAUAGAUGACCUCAUUUUCAUGUCUUCGAAAAAAGCAAGGACGAAUAAUCUAAACAAAUGGAACUUAACAAAGGUAGAUGAAGGCAGCAGUGAACUGGUAGUGCUUAGUAUGCUGCAUCUGCAAGGGACUUUCUACUUGUCAGCCCUAGGUUUCUGUUUGGCUUCCAUAACCCUCAUAUUGGAGAUUCUGACAUUCCACAUGAAAGGGCAAUAAGAUCAAUGAAUCUACCAAAGCACCUGGUCAGAAUUUACAACUCUUACAGCAUAAAAUAUAUUUUCCACAAAAGCAAUGGUAAAACUGAGCAAGUGCAACGUUGAUAAUUAAGCCCCAUUUCUCGGCAUUUAGCAACUAAAUUUAGCGGAAGAUACGCAAUCUCUGUGGCAUAUCUGAUGUCGUGAAUGUUAGUAAAAGAAGUGCAAUAUAAGCACAGAUAAAAGUGACUUCAAAUUUGACACCAGCAAGCUAAAGGAUCAACAACCAGAAGUGAUGCAAUCUUCAUA